UUAUGUGUUAUGGAUAAAAAAAAGAGGAUGUGAUAACGUUGAAAGUCGUCUGUAGCCAUUAUCGUUACCCGGCCCCUCCCUCUCAUCAGUCAAGACACACUCUCUGCUCUGCUAAUCGCGGCGUUUAAUUGAUUCUCCAUGGCAACUAUGAGAGGCUGUAAUCAAUUAGAAGGAUGAACCACUGGACUACUCUACUUCAAUUUUUGAAGGAAGAAAGGGUUCUAAUAACAGCAGAUUUUUGUUCCAUCAUCAUAUUAUCUGAAGUUCUGGUGGAAAAUGGCUGCUGAAGAGGAUAAGAAUCUUGUUGAAAUUUUGGAAAACCAGAAUCCAAUAGAUGUUGCGAAAUACAUGAAUUUUGUCAGUGCCCCCCAAGCUGGUGCUAUAGCUACAUUUUCAGGCACAACACGAGACACCUUUGAAGGAAAAACAGUCAUGGAGUUGAGAUACGAAGCUUAUGUUCCAAUGGCAAUACGCUGUAUCAAGUCAAUCUGCUCAUCUGCUAGAGCAUCCUGGAACCUACAUUCCAUUGCUGCCGCUCAUCGUCUAGGCACAGUGCCUGUUGGUGAAACAAGUGUCUUUGUCGCUGUCUCAUCUGUCCACAGGGCCGAUGCACUGGAGGCUUGUAGAUUUUUUAUAGAUGAGAUAAAAGCACAAGUUCCUAUUUGGAAAAAGGAGGUCUAUUCAAAUGGGGAGGUUUGGAAGGAGAACAGUGAAUUCCUAGAGAGGAGGUCUGAGCUUGGUAACAAGGAUGCAGGUUGCUGCGAGAAAAAGGUAGAAAUUAAAGAACACAGCAAAAAAUCUUGCUGUGGGACUAAGGUUCGGGUUGAUAAUGAAGGUAUCUAGGACUAAUAUCAAUGUUGGGGAUCAAAGAUACAAGAGGGUAAUUGCAAUUAGUUUAGUUUGAAGAAUAUCUUUCUAUUCCUCCCUUCCUUUUUGCUCAUUCUGUCUAUACAAUUAUAUUUAAACUUUGAAGGUAAUAAUAAGUUUGCCUAUUGAGAUAGAUAGGCUAUUGUGA